GGUAAUUUAUGUGAGUACAGAAGUAUCCACACCACAAAUCUAAACGCCGAGAGUUUGUCACACUGUGAAGUAAUUAAGAAAGAAGACUUCUUGUUAAAAGUUGGAUGUUGACGUUUCUGUAGUUUUAAAAUGAAGUCGUAGAUUAAAAAUAUUAUCUUAUGUAUUUAAUAAGGUCGAAUUCAGUAGAACGACUGUAUUAUUGAAUUUGCAACAAUUCGGAUACACCAUGGCUCAAAUAUGCGAACCUUUAACUCUCUCAAGAGAUAUAAAGAGGUCGAUUGAGCUUCUUGAAAAACUUCAGAAAAGUGGAGAAGUACCUGCAACAAAACUUGCGGCUCUCCAAAAGGUACUACAAAGCGAUUUUCUCAAUGCAGUUCGUGAAGUAUAUGAACACGUAUAUGAAACUGUAGAUAUACAAGGUUCUCAAGAUGUAAGAGCUUCAGCUACAGCAAAAGCCACUGUAGCAGCAUUUGCAGCAAGUGAAGGACAUGCACAUCCUAGAGUAGUUGAAUUACCUAAAACUGAUGAAGGGCUUGGUUUUAAUGUGAUGGGUGGUAAAGAGCAGAAUUCGCCAAUAUAUAUAUCUAGAAUUAUACCUGGAGGUGUAGCUGAUAGGCAUGGAGGAUUGAAGAGAGGUGAUCAGCUUUUAAGUGUAAAUGGAGUGUCUGUUGAUGGAGAAAACCAUGAAAAAGCAGUGGAACUUUUGAAACAAGCUCAUGGGUCUGUAAAAUUAGUAGUUCGUUACACCCCUAAAGUGUUGGAAGAAAUGGAACUUCGAUUUGACAAACAAAGAGCUAGAAGAAGACAGCAGUAUAAUUAACUUUCAAACUAACUGUAUGGAAUUUAUUACAUUCUCAUUUGAGAUUAUUUGAAGAAAUUCUAAUAAAAUAUUGAUGGUUACCUUGAUAAGAGAUGACUGCAUCAAAUAAAGUGGGAUAAUUUAGAUUCCCAAACAAAUAGUAUUAAUUGAGAAUUAAUCCUUUACAAAAUAUGUAUUACAUACUGUUAAUUAGCUACCGAUAAUAGUGAAGCAUAUAUUUUUAGCUUUCAAUGCCAGACAUUAAUAAUUGACAAGUUAAAAGCACCAUUGAUGCUUCCAUUUUUAGUGACAUGAUGAAUGCUUUUAAUGUAUAGAUUAGUUAUUAAUAAACAUAUAAUUGUGUGUGUAUUUUUAAAAAAUAACAAUUUUGUAGCGAAGAAAAAUAUUUAUCUUACAAACUUUUUUAUUAGAAUAUUUAAUUUGUUCAGCUUCUGAAAACAAAACUUUAGCUACAUUUUGCUUCAACAAUUUUUCAAAUCUUGUGUGCAAUAUUAUGUAGAGUGUAUGUCAUAUAUAAAGAUUGAACAAUAAAUGUUAAUGAGAAA